UUUGUGGUCUAUGGCGACGAUGGCAGAUGCUAAGCAAGGUAAACCAGCAGAAGAGCUUCAAAAUGGUUCAUCUCAAACCCGAAUUCUAUUGGCCAAACCCAAAUUAGGAGGGUUUGGUUCAUCAGGAUAUCCCUCUACAUCUAUCAAGGGACCAUUAAACAAUCCCUUUGGAUCCGUCCUACGACCACCACAAUUGAAGACAAGCAGUAAUCCAUUUCUUAAAACAACAUGUGAAACUAACAAUACAGAGAAAGAAAAUGAAAAGGAAACAAGCAAUGAUACUGAGAAUAGACUGCAGAUAGAUAAAGACAAAGUAGAGGCACCAAAAUUUGUCCCACUUCAGGUCACUUCAAGUGUCACUAGACCCACAAAUAGCACACCUGCAGUCUCAUCAAUCCAACCAACAAACUCUUCUAACUCUUCUGCUAGUUUUAUUUUUGGCCAGAAUCUAAGUGAGAGAGUUGUGAUUCAAGAAGCAAUAAAUAAUGGCAAUAAUUCUACACAGGACCACAGUUCUUCAAAUGGGACUAGUGAUUUGUUGUUCACCAAUGCAGCAGCUACUGUCAAAGAGCAAAAUUCGCAGGAUGAAGCAGCAUCCAAUGAGGCUCGAAGUGAAAGUUUAGCAGCAGCUGCGGCAGAAUAUGAGCGCUCACAUGCCAAGCCCCCACCAGCCACUAGUAAUUGUACAAUGACUGGGGAGGAAGGUGAAAACAAUGUCUUACAAAUAUUAUGCCGUCUUUUUGCCUGGGAAAGUGGUAGUUGGAGAGAACGAGGCCGUGGAGCUCUACGACUAAAUGACACCGAGUGUGGUGGCUCCAGACUGGUAGCUCGAGUGGCUGGUUCACUGAGAGUGGUGCUCAACACCAAGCUGUGGCCCGACAUGGUUGUGGAACGGGCUGGGACAAAGUCACUCAGGAUAACAGCAGCUGAUGCACAGUUACAGAUCAAACUGUUUCUUAUAAUGGGUUCACCAGGUGACAUAGCGCAGUUACACAGGGCACUUCUUACACGUAUAGCACUUAGUAAACGAACAACUAGUAACAAAGAAAUAAACACUAACCAGAGACAAGAGGAUAUUGGUGAAGAUGUGGCCAAAUCAGUUGAUGAUGAUGAAGAAGUAGGCAAAUCAGUUGAUGAUGAGGAAGAAGUAAGCAAAAGAGUUGAUGAUGAUAACAUAGAAGAAUAUAAUGAAGAAAGUCUCCACAGCAAUGUUGUGGAAUCUGAGCGGCUUGAAGAAAGCAAUGAAGAAACUAAAACAGAUAACAUGGAAAGCAAUGAAGAAACUAAAACAGAUGGCAUGGAGACCAAUGAUGAAAAUGCAGCGAAAGCAGUGAAACGUAAGGAACCAGUUGAAGCAGAUACUUCACCAAAAAGACAAUGUCCGGAUGUUUCUAUUCAGUGAUGAAAUGAUAAGUGUAUGUGAAAGAGUGAUACUGAAGUACUUUAUAAAUUGUGAGUUAUAAUGUAGGGGUCAUGUGAUUAAUAAUGAUAGCAUAAUGAUUAUAAAGUA